AUCGGUAGCCACCUGGCAGCGCCAGUAGCAGCAGCGCGUGUGCUCAAAAGUGUCUCAUUCGUUCGAACGAUCAUCCAGUGGAUUCGUGGAUUACAGUACAGAGCAAUAAUGGUUUCGAGGGAAGCUUCUGUAAUAUAACGGAUUCCCAGUGCCAACGUGUAACGUGUAACGAGCCACAGCAGCAACACGAGCCCCAUGGACGGAGAUACUAAGCACCUCAUCUACCGUAUCGCGCUACCGGAAGAAUGCAGCCGGAUCCGAGAAGCACUCGAAACGUUCUUCUAUCCCGAAGCGCUGCUCAACGUUUCGUACACCGAUCAGCAAACGGCAGCUCCAACCGAGGAGGAGGUACAGCACACGCUCUCACUCGUACAGCAGGGCAUGGCCGCGAUUGCAAUCGACACGAACGAUCACAAUCAGCAGAUCGUUGGAGUAUCGAUAGCGCGUUGCGUAAAGCCGGACACUUGCGAUGAUCUCCUGCAAGAGGCAGCCUCACUGCUAGGGCACAGUAAACGAGUGGAACAGCUGAAACUACAGGCUCAUCUCGAGCGGUUAGCGAACGUUUGUGGUCGGUUUCGGGUGCGCCGAUCGUACCACGUGUUUGUGCUUGCGGUCGAACCAACCCGGCGACGGAACGCGAUCGGACAGAAGCUGCUCGAGUUUCAGCUGGCACGGGCGAAAACGCUCGGUUAUCAGGUGGUGAGUGCAGAUUUUACCGGUGAACAGGUGGCCCGAAUCGGGGCCCGGCUUGGCAUGCGAUGCGUUAGUGCGUUACCGUUGGAUCAAUACUGGAACUCGGCCGGUGAACGGUUGUUUGUGGCACCCGAAGGGAUGCCGGGUGACCGUACCGUUUGCACGUACGCACGAUAUGUUUCGGGCGUUGGUGAUAAAUGAGGAAGGGAAAUAAAUUCGUUCGUUGGUAGAAACGUUGAUUUCGUGAAUUUCCGGUGUUAUUGCAAUGAAGUGAACUCCCCAGUGCCAGUUCCGAUGGAAAACACACGCUCGGUGCUAAAGAUGUUCCAAACACAAACCGCUUUGGAAAGUAAUUUAUUUCCAUGUCAUUUCAUUCUUCUCCACUGCAAUUUGAGCCCGAGAUUUGCGAUUUGGUCGCCACGAAGCGGAGCAAAUGCAAAUGAAAUGGCUUCGCCAGUUGUAGCAGCAGCUGCUGCUUGUUAUUCGAAUUCGCGAGAAAAGCGAUUUUCCGUUUUCCCGAGCUUACUGCAUACAUUUCCGAUUCCUUUGUCCACUGCAACAUUUUAAUCAUUGUCUCGGCUCGAUCGAUCGGCAAAAAAGCUCAUUUAUCAUUCAGCAAAGUUUUAAUCAGAAAUCGAAGUGCAACUUUCCAGAUGAAUUUGAAAAAAAAAAAACACACACACACACACACACACAAAAGUAAAGGAGCGCAAAGGAGUUUGGCGAACAAACAAGCAGCUGACGGCCACGGCGUGCGCCACGGAGCAACUCUGCUCUCCUGCGGCUCUUCCAUAACUCAUCGGAGUGUUUUUUUUUUCAUGAAGGAAAAACCGGCCCUCAACUUGAGGUUGUCGCCAUCGCAGUAGUAAUUAAUGAAUUUGUUUUCGCCUGCAGCACCCCACGUCCUGUCUCUAGCUACUAGUUCCUUCCGGCAAGAGUAGCUAAGCGCCUCUCUCAUCCUUGGGUUGGGUGCGGUUGGAAUGCUAGGAAUUAUAGAUCUCGGCUCGCACCGGGAAAAAAAGUGGUGCAAGAAAACACUUAGAAAUACACAAAGUACUUACGCUUAAUCAUUUUUUAAAACAUUUUUGUUCCCAUCCCGCCGGCAUCAGGCAAGCGAAAGAGAGCGAGGGGCUUAGCGAGAAAAAGGCUGGAGCAUAGUAUUUGCCAUUAACGCCAUGGGUGCGCGCGAGCGAGGGCCCUUGUUCAACGGGACACUUCAACGGACACCGGCAGGAGGGGUACUGAAGGACGGCCGAAGGACGGACGAGACGAGAAGAUGGCGAAUGGCGAAAUUUGUUCAAUCAACUUUAGUCAUUAGUUAUGAAUUAUUACACAAACAAUCGCCACUGCAGUGCGGAUUGGCACACGGAACACCACCACCGGUCCGGGUCCGCGCCAGUGAAGGAUGUCACGGCAUGGCAUGGCAUGGCGUAGGGAUGGGUCUUAUGGAUGGGAAGGUGUCCCUUUUCGAGUGCUGCGCGGUGUAGCGGAGACAAGAGGACGGAGGCAGCGAAAACGAACGCGCUCAAAUGGCGAAUUAAUGAGGCCCGGAGCUCAGCGAAGGAAGCAAAAAUCAACUUCUGCCAAGAGUCGCGGCGCUCCUUCCCGGAUCGAUGGUGGGUCCUCGAAAAGGACACACAGCAGCAACGGCAGCGCUGUGAUGGGGGAGAAAGCAACGUUCCCAGCAGCGAGCGAGCAAAUCUCUGCCGCAUCGAGCGAAUGGAAGGCAAUUAGUGAAGUGCCAUUGAUGAGUUUUCGGACAUUUGCGCGAUGCGGUGCAAGGUGCGGCUGAAUGAACGGAAAAACGACUUGCGAUGUUUGUUUGUGCAGC